AUGACGUCACAUGGUUUUGGUGCCAAGGGAAUAAAAAAUGUUAUCCAUCUUUGCUUAUAUGAUAACUCCAUAUUCAAAUUCCUCACGCGAUUGUAUGCCUGCCUGUGCUCCCUUGUAAUAGAUGAUGAUCACAAACAAAGAUUUCUAGAUUUGCAGCAGAAGUGCAGAAACCUUACAUUUCCUGACAGGCUUCCUGAGGUCAGCAUUGUAUUCAUAUUUGUUAAUGAAGCUCUCUCGGUGAUUCUGCGCUCCAUUCAUUCAGCCAUUGACCGGACUCCUGCUCACCUACUCAAAGAAAUUAUUUUAGUUGAUGAUAACAGUAAUAAUGAAGAACUGAAGGAGAAACUAAAGAAGUAUGUUGAUGAAGUGAAUGCCCGUAAACCUGGUUUCAUCAAGGUUGUUCGACACAGCAAACAAGAGGGGCUGAUUCGAUCUCGUGUUAGUGGAUGGAGAGUAGCCACAGCACCAGUAGUUGCUCUCUUUGAUGCCCAUGUGGAAUUCAAUGUGGGAUGGGCUGAACCAGUGCUCACUAGGAUAAAAGAAAACAGAAAAAGAGUAAUUUCUCCAUCAUUUGAUAACAUCAAGUAUGAUAAUUUUGAAAUAGAGGAGUAUCCCCUCUCAGCGCAGGGGUUUGACUGGGAACUGUGGUGCCGAUACCUGAACCCUCCUAAGUCCUGGUGGAAGCUGGAGAACACAACUGCUCCAAUAAGAAGUCCUGCAUUGAUUGGAUGCUUCAUAGUAGAUAGAGAAUAUUUCCAAGAGAUUGGCUUAUUGGAUGAAGGCAUGGAAGUAUACGGAGGAGAGAAUGUGGAGCUCGGAAUCAGGGUAUGGCAAUGUGGAGGAAGUGUGGAGGUUCUACCUUGCUCCAGGAUUGCCCACAUUGAAAGAGCACAUAAACCAUACACAGAAGAUCUAACUGCUCAUGUCCGGAGAAAUGCACUAAGGGUGGCUGAAGUCUGGAUGGAUGAAUUUAAGAGCCAUGUCUAUAUGGCAUGGAACAUACCACAGGAG